AUGGUUCUCAAACUCUAUGGUUCCGCUAUGUCCACUUCUCGUGUCUUGGUCACGAUUCUCGAGAAAGAGCUUCCAUACGAGUUCAUUCGCAUCGACAUUGCGAAAGGCGACCAGAAGAGUGAAGAUUACAUGAAGCUGCAACCCUUCGGCAAGGUGCCUGUGUUGGAUGAUGACGGGUUUGUGAUGUUUGAAAGUAGAGCCAUCUGCAAGUAUCUUGACCAGAAAUACCCCUCCGGAAAGAAGCUGAUUCCGGAGGGCGAUGAGGCCUAUGGCCGCUUUGAACAAGCUUGUUCUGUCGAGCAAAGCUAUUUUGCCGCUGCCGCGGAGACGCUAGGGACUGAGCUUGUGAUCAAACCAAUGAAAGGCCUUGGUGUCCCGGACGAAGCAAGGGUUGCACAAGCCGAAAAGGACCUUGACACAGUUCUCGCGGUUUAUGAUAAGAUUUUAGCUAAACAGAAAUAUCUGGUGGGAGACGAGCUGACCUUAGUGGACCUAUUUCAUCUGCCCAAUGGAGCAGCUUUGAAGGGAGGUAGGUGGAAGGAAGUGUUCAAGAAGUACCCGAAUGUAGAUAAGUGGCUUAAGGGGUUGCAGGAGAGGGAGACUUGGAUCAGGGCUGCGACAGAGGCAAGAACAAUUGCGUGA